CGCGGCGCAGCGCGGCGCUGAUUGGCAGUGAGGCCUGCCCGUCAGCGGCCGCCCCUUCCGGGUGUCGGCGCGGCGGCGGGCGCAGCAUGAGGCGGGUGACGCUGUUCGUCAACGGCAGCGCCCGCAACGGGAAGGUCGUGGCUGUGUAUGGGACUCUCUCGGAUUUGCUCUCUGUGGCCAGCAACAAGCUUGGGAUAAAAGCCACCAGCGUGUACAACGGCAAAGGGGGGCUCAUUGAUGAUAUUGCUUUGAUUAGGGAUGAUGAUGUUUUGUUUGUCUGUGAAGGGGAGCCCUUCAUUGAUCCUCAGACUGAUGGGAGAGCUCAGGAGGAGCUGACAGGGUCCCACACAGACUGGCUGACUCUCAAUGUGGGAGGCAGAUAUUUCACCACCACCCGGAGCACUUUGGUUAACAAAGAACCUGACAGUAUGUUGGCACACAUGUUCAAAGACAAAGAUGCUUGGGGGAAUAAGCAAGAUCCUAGAGGAGCUUUCCUCAUUGACCGCAGUCCCGAGUAUUUUGAGCCCAUUUUGAACUAUUUGCGUCACGGACAGCUCAUUGUAAAUGAUGGCAUUAAUUUGCUAGGGGUUCUGGAAGAAGCCAGGUUUUUUGGGAUCGACUCCCUCAUUGAACACCUGGAAGUUGCUAUUAAGAACUCCCAGCCAGCCGAGGAUCACUCUCCCAUCUCUCGGAAGGAGUUCGUGCGCUUCCUGCUGGCCACGCCCACCAAGUCCGAGCUGCGCUGCCAGGGUCUGAAUUUCAGUGGAGCUGACCUUUCCCGCCUGGAUCUUCGCUACAUCAACUUCAAGAUGGCCAAUCUGAGCCGCUGCAACCUGGCCCAUGCCAACCUGUGCUGUGCCAACCUGGAGAGAGCUGACCUCUCUGGAUCCGUGCUGGAUUGUGCAAACCUGCAGGGGGUGAAGAUGUUGUGUUCCAACGCAGAGGGAGCAUCCCUGAAAGGCUGCAACUUUGAAGAUCCAUCAGGCCUUAAAGCUAAUUUGGAAGGGGCCAACCUGAAGGGUGUGGACAUGGAGGGCAGUCAGAUGACCGGGAUUAACCUCCGGGUGGCCACGCUGAAAAACGCCAAACUCAAGAACUGCAACCUGCGAGGAGCCACGCUGGCAGGGACUGACCUGGAGAAUUGUGAUCUGUCAGGUUGUGACCUACAAGAAGCAAAUUUGAGGGGAUCUAACGUGAAAGGAGCCAUCUUUGAGGAGAUGCUGACACCCCUGCACAUGUCCCAGAGUGUCAGAUAGGGGCCAGGACACGCUGAAGAGGAAGGAAUCCAAACAUUCAUCGUGACUUGCUUCACUCCUCCCCUUCCUGAGUUAAAGUCAUGGUUGUUAGCCACCUUACAUUUGCAGUAGUGCCUAGGUAAACUCUUUUUGAUCACUUUUGGGGAGGGAAUUUUUGUUUUCAGAGGUACCAGCAGAGUUUGUACCUCUGUGAGCAGAGUGAGGAAGUGAGCUGGUGCUGGAAUCAGAGAGUGUGGCUGGUUUGGGGGGGAAAGGUUCAAUGGUUUCAUUGUUUAGCAUUGCCUCACUUUGGAAUGCAUUUUAAUUUAUAAAGCACAAUAUAUGCAAUUCUAUUUAUUAAAUCUGUAGCUGCAA